AUGCGGCCGGCUUUUCUGUUUUUACAGAGAACUUCUCCCACGUGGACUCUGCCUAUCCGGGUGGGCCGACACACCAACGCGACUUCAAAGUUUGAUUCGAUCUGCACUAGAUGUCCGCAACAACGGCGCCAGUUCACCAAAGCCCGGGAGCUGAAUCAGGGUCUCUUGGAUGUGGACAACCCCGCGAAACUUGUGCGGGUCAACCAGAAACAUGGACCGGGACUCAUCAUUCUUGCAUUAAUUCCAAUUAUCGCCUUUGGCCUGGGAACAUGGCAGGUUAAGCGAUUGGACGAGAAAACUAAGAUGGUUGCCAAAUUCGAGGAUCGCUUGGUUAGGCCUCCGCUCCCCCUCCCGCCGCGCAUCGAUCCAGAGGCCAUCGCCGAUUUCGAUUACCGUCGUGUGUAUGCCACAGGUCACUUUCGACAUGACAAGGAGAUGCUCAUUGGACCUCGCAUGUUGGAAGGAGAGGAUGGGUUCAUGGUUGUGACUCCCCUCGAGCGUGCGGACGGCCAGAGCACAGUUCUCGUGAACCGAGGCUGGAUUUCUAGGAAGUUGGCUGAUCAGAAGGAUCGCCCCGACAGUCUGCUUGAGGGCGAGAUUACGGUUGAGGGUUUGCUACGAGAGCCGUGGAAGAAGAAUAUGUUUACGCCGGAAAACAAGCCUCUGGAGGGGAAGUUCUACUUCCCAGACAUCGAGCAGAUGGCUGAGCUGAGCGGCAGCCAGCCCGUGUGGAUUGAGAGCACUAUGGUGCCUGAUCUUCUUGAGUCGUAUGACCGCCUAGCCAAGGGCAUGCCCAUUGGCCGCGCCGCAGAAGUCAAUUUGAGAAACAACCACGCACAGUACAUCUUCACAUGGUACGGCCUUUCUUUGGCGACAUCCAUUAUGAUGUGGAUGCUUAUCCGGAAAAAGCCUAACGAGGCCUUGCGCCGAGUUCGCCAGAACAAGAACUGGUAG